AUGACGGAUCAGGUUGACUCCCAGUCCGCCGAAAUGUCACCCCCCUCCUCUACCUCCGACCUCCCAUCCAACCUUCCCCCUCCUCCCACUCCGACCCCUCUGACUUGCGACCUAGCCCAGCGCGCCCACUUUCUCUUCUCCCAACUUGAUGGGUUCCCCCUUCCCUCAUCCGGAGCUGCUCCCGAGGCGCGCGGCGCAUUCCUACUUUCCGAGCUCGCCGUGAUCGCCGCUGUCCCUGGUGCCGCCGAGCCCGUGUUCAGAUGUUUCGCGCCUCUGGCGCUCGACAUCGUCGCGCGCUGGCUCGAUGACAACCCCUCACAAGAAGUGUGGGAGGCGCGCUUGUUUAUGCUGGCGGCCCUCGCCGAACCAAGGCCCGAUCUAUGGAGUGUAAUCAUCGCAUUCCUCCAGCGCUCUCCCUUCGCGCUCUCGCCCUUGGCGGUCCUUCCCGACCCAGUGAAUGCGGAUACGGACCGUACCCAGCGCCUUCUCCUCGCAUACUGGCGCCUCUUGACUUCGGAUCCCCGGCUGGCGAAGCGACUGGACUGGCCCACUGCCCCACUCCAUGCCCUGCGAAGCCAUCAAGACGCCGGUGUCCGUCUCCUCGCCGUCUCGGUGCUCUCCAAGAUCCGGGGAUGGAGCGAAAGCCGUCGCGCUGAGAUGGAAGCAUGUGUUGGUGGCGACGCACCGAUCCUGUUUGCGUACGCCCUCAAGGCAGGGCAAGCUGUCCCAACCGUAGUGGACGGGUGGAUGCUCCCCGUCCUCGAGGCACGGCGCGUGCGCGAGUACAAGGAGGAUGCACUGGCUGAGGGUGAGAUCGAGCCCUCCCUCUCCGCAUCUGAGCUGUCACCCCGCACCGCUGUGGUCGGGGGACAGCUCCUCCUCCGUCAGCCGGGGGCUAGCAGUCUCGUCCAUGUGCCGACGGCGGCGAUGGACGCUGCCAUCACGGGCGUCGCACCCCGCCUGCAGCGCGGCGUGCCAGUCCUCAUCUCCGCCCCUCCCAGUGCGGGCAAGACCCACAUCGUCCACUACCUCAGCGCGACGCUGUACCCUUCCCAUCUCCCUACCUCGCGCAUCCUAACCAUCCCCCUCGCGGAUACGACGAUUGACGUGAAGAGCCUCAUCGGGACGUACGUCUCCUCCCCCACCAAGCCGGGUACGUUUGAGUGGAUGGAGGGCGCCCUCGCCAAGGCUGUGCGUGCCGGCCGCUGGGUCGUCUUCGAGGACAUCGACAAGGCGUCCCUUGAGAUGCUUGUCACCAUUUCGGGGAUCGCCAAAUCGCUUGCCCUAGGACGCGUCGGCCGCCGCGCCUCGCUCCAGGUGCCAGGACGUGACGAAAUCGAAGCAGGCGACGGCUUCGCGGUCUUCGCUACCCGCACGGUGCGCCCCGAGGCGGCGACACCACCAACGUUCUUCGGGCACCACGACUUUACGGAGGAGCACCUCGCCGCCCCGACCGACGAGGACAUCCUGGCGAUCCUCACCGCCCAGUUCCCCAGCCUCCCGCCGGCCGUCACUGGCGCUCUUGUAGGGGUGUGGCGCGACCUCCGCCCUCUGUCCAAGACCAGUGGACAGGUUAAGGCGCGAGACAUUGGCCUGCGUGACCUGGAGAAAUGGUGCGCACGUGUUGAGCGUGCACUCCCUCCAGCCGCUUCGCUCGCUGCUCUCGAGGCAGCUGGGAAUAGCGCGUUCGCAAACGCCGUGUUCCAGGACGAGUGCCUGCUCGAGGCCGCCGACAUCUUCCUAGCAUCCCUAGACAACCGCGCCGGCUCGGCUGAGAAGGGCGCGAAGAUGGUCGAUAUCGUCGCUGCCGGAUUGGGAAUGGAGGUUGAGCGCGCUACGUCGCUGUUGGAGAAGCGGCGACCUGGCCUCGAAGCCGAGCGCGGCGCGACCAAGAUUCAUGUUGGGCGGUACGCUAUCGACACGGUGCCGUCCAAGAAGCGCAGGAUCGCGUCCAACGACCAGCCGUACGCCCUCACCCGCCCAUCGCUCGUUACGCUUGAGCGCAUUGCCGCAGCAGUUGCGCUCGCCGAGCCCACCCUCCUCGUCGGUGAGACGGGUACGGGUAAGACGACGUCCGUGCAGCACCUAGCUACGCUCGUCGGAAAACCGCUCACCGCACUCAACCUCUCGACCCAGACCGAGACGUCUGACCUCGUCGGCGGCUUCAAGCCCAUUGACGCCGUUGCCGCUGCGCGCACUGUUCACGCCAAGUGGCAGAAGCUCUUCACCGACACGUUCAGCGUCGCCAAGGGCGAGAAUGCCAAGUACCUCGAGUUGGCGGGCAAGUUCCUCGCGAAGCGCAAGUGGGACAAGUGCGCUAAGAUCUGGAACGAUUCGGCUGAGCGCGCACUCAAGAAGCUCGAGAAGAUGGAAAACCCCGAUGGUGACGAACCUCGCAAGCGCCGCAAGGUCAGCAAGUCGGCGGCCCGCGCAAUGGUCCAAUGGCAGGCGAUCAAGGUCGAGGUCGCCGACUUCAACCUGCACCAUGUGCAGAUGAAGAGCAAGCUCGUGUUCUCGUUCGUCGAGGGCCCGCUGGUCAAGGCACUCAAGAACGGCGAGUGGAUCCUACUCGAUGAGGUCAACCUCGCGUCCCAGGAGACGCUGGAGGCUGUGGCGACCAUUCUUGAAGCACCAACGGCGUCGCUUGUGCUCACCGAGCGUGGCGACGUUGAGCCCGUCAUGCGUCACCCUGACUUCAGGUUGUUUGCGUGUAUGAACCCCGCCACAGACGUCGGCAAAAAAGACCUCCCUGCUGGCCUUCGUGCACGAUUCACCGAGCUCUACGUUGCACCGCCUGACGAUGACCGCGAGGCUCUCGUCUCCAUUGUGGAAGGUUACCUCGGCGACGCGGCGGCGGGCGACCGCGGAGUCGUGCUGGAUGUUGUUGAGCUGUACUCCACCCUCAAGCAGCUCUCGGCAGCCAAGGAGAUUGUCGAUGGCUCAAAUGCUGCACCACACUACAGCAUGCGUACACUUGCCCGUGCGCUCAUGUUCGCUGUUCAGAGCGCGCCGAUCUUCGGCCUCCGCCGCGGACUGUGGGAGGGUAUCCUCAUGGCGUUUACGAUGAGCCUCGAUGUCGAGAGCAACCGCAAGGCGCACGCCGCGUGUGAGAAGCAUAUUCUCAUUCCGAUGAAGAACGCUCGCGCCCUGCUCGGACAAGUGCCCACUCUCCCUGCCCAACUCGACGCGGACGACUUUGUGCGCUUCGGGCCGUUCUGGCUGCAGCGCGGGCCGCUCCCACCCGUCGAGGAGACGCGGUACAUCAUCACUCCCUCCGUGCAGGCCAAGCUCUCCGAUCUCGCUCGCGUGAUCCUUACCAAGCGCUAUCCCGUGCUCAUUCAGGGCCCGACAUCGGCAGGUAAGACGUCCGCCAUCGAGUUCCUCGCCCGCCAGACGGGGCACCGCUUCGUGCGCAUCAACAACCACGAGCACACCGACAUCCAAGAAUACCUUGGCACGUACGUCACCGACCCGCAGACGGGCAACCUCGUCUUCCAGGAGGGUCUGCUCGUGACUGCCGUGCGCCAGGGCCACUGGAUCGUGCUUGACGAGCUGAACCUCGCGCCCACCGACGUGCUUGAGGCCCUGAACCGUCUGCUCGAUGACAACCGCGAGCUCGUAAUCCCCGAGACCCAGGAGGUCAUCAAGCCCCACCCGAACUUCAUCCUCUUCGCGACGCAGAACCCCCCUGGCCUCUACGCGGGACGUAAGGUGCUCUCGCGUGCGUUCCGCAACCGUUUCCUUGAGGUGCACUUUGACGACGUUCCCAAGAGCGAGCUCGAGACCAUCCUGUGCCAGCGUUGCGCUAUCGCGCCCACGUACGCCAAGAAGAUUGUGCAGGUUUUCGAGGAGCUGCGGCACCUCCGCCAGGCCAGUCGUGUCUUUGAGGCGAAGAGCUCGUUCGCGACUUUGCGUGACCUGUUCCGUUGGGCCGAACGUGGCGCUGUCGGAUACCAGCAGCUGGCCGAAGAUGGGUACAUGCUCCUUGCCGAGCGCGCUCGCUCGGAUGAAGACAAGGUCGUGAUCCAGGAGGUCAUCGAGAAGAUUAUGAAGGUCAAGGUCGAUGUCGCGAACAUGUACAAGCUCUUUGAUGGGCGCGAGGAUGGCGUCCUCUCGCGCCUGCCAUUCCAGGCAGUUCCAGCUGGCGAGCUCGUGUGGACACAGGCGAUGCAGCGCCUCUUCGCUCUGGUCGCCGCCGCGGCCGCACAUGACGAGCCCGUUCUCCUCGUCGGCGAGACGGGAUGUGGCAAGACGUCCGUAUGUGAGGUCCUUGCAGCGGCGUUCGCGCAAAAGCUCGUCGGCAUCAACUGUCACCAGAACAUGGAGACCGCCGACCUGCUCGGCUCGCAACGCCCCGUGCGUAACCGUCUCGAACGUCGCGCGAAGGUGCUCGCGCGCAUGACCGAGCUCGGUCUUCCGCACGGUCCCGAGGCGAGCGAAGACGACCUCGCUGCGUCCUGCGCUGCGGCUCUGAAGCGGGAGGACGUCGACGACGCGUUCCGCGCCGACGUGCGCGAGCUUCAGCGUGAGAUCAAGCGCCUCGGUGCCUUGUUCGAGUGGGUGGAUGGACCCCUCAUUCACGCCAUGACGGCCGGCGAUCUCCUUCUCCUCGAUGAAGUAUCGCUCGCCGACGACUCGGUGCUUGAGCGUCUCAACUCGGUCCUCGAGCCUGGGCGCACCCUGGUCCUGGCCGAGAAGGGCGGCGUGGAUAUCGACGAGGCUACGAUCGUCGCGCAUCCCCACUUCCAUGUCAUCGCGACAAUGAACCCCGGUGGCGACUUUGGUAAGAAGGAGCUCUCGCCUGCGCUCAGGAACCGCUUCACCGAGAUCUGGGUGCCGGCCCUCAGCAACCGCGACGACAUGCUUCAGAUCAUCGGCGAGAAGUGGCGGCACGACGCCUUGCGCCCCGCUGGCCCGCUCAUCCUCGACUUCCUCAACUGGUUCGGUGAGCGGGCGGGCGACAGCUCGGGCCUGGGUUUGCGUGACAUCCUAGCGUGGGUCAACUUCGCCAACGAGAUGUAUGGCGCGUUGAGUGUACCGACCGCAUUCCACCACGGCGGCCAAUUGGUCAUUGUCGAUGGUCUCGAGUCGCUGCCACAGGUCUCCGGCUCUUCUACGGCCACGAUCGCUGCGCUGCGGAAGGACUGCCUCGCGAAGCUUACGGAGAUGGCGCUCACCCUUGGGCCCCUCGACGCGGGGGCAGCGGACACCGCGUUCUCGGUGACCGACGGCAAGGUGUCUAUUGGCGGCUUCGCUGUUCCUCGCGGCCCACUGGCUGCCGUGGAUACCGCGUUCCGCUUCGAGGCACCCACGACCGCGCUCAACGCCAUGCGCGUACUCCGCGGCUGCCAGCUGCCCAAGGCGAUCCUACUGGAAGGUUCUCCGGGUGUCGGUAAGACGUCGCUCGUCUCGGCACUGGCGGCCACUGCCGGCUUCCACCUCCAACGCAUCAACCUGUCCGACCAGACCGACCUUAUCGACCUCUUCGGCUCCGACCUGCCUGUUGAGGGUGGAGCCGCCGGCGAGUUCCAGUGGCGCGACGCGGCGUUCCUCGACGCAAUGCAGAAGGGUGACUGGGUCCUCCUCGACGAGAUGAACCUCGCCUCCCAAACCGUUCUUGAAGGCUUGAAUGCUGUUCUUGACCACCGCGGGACAGUGUAUAUCCCAGAACUGGGUCGCAGCUUCGACCGCCACCCUGCCUUCCGCGUCUUCGCCGCCCAGAACCCGCUCACGCAGGGUGGCGGGCGUAAGGGUCUUCCCAAGAGUUUCCUCAACCGUUUUACCAAGGUGUACCUCCAGGAGCACACCAGCGAGGACCUACUCAUGAUCUGCCGCGGUUUGUACCCCGAGCCUGAGCUUGUGCAGCUAAUGAUCGCCUUCAACGAGGCGAUCCGCGAGGCGACCAUGGUCACGCGUUCGAUCGGCCGCGAGGGUAGCCCAUGGGAGUUCAACCUCCGCGACCUGUUCCGCUGGUUCGGCCUGCUGGCCAAGCGCAACGGCCUCGAGAUGACGUCCCAUCCCGUCGAGCACCUCCGCACCGUCUACCUCCAGCGCUUCCGAAACGCACUUGACCGUGCUGCCGUGGCGGCCAUCUUCGAGGAUGCAUUCGGCAUCGCACCCUCGGCUCCCCGUCCGACACCCUUCACUACCCCCGGCUGGCUACAGAUCGGUCACGCGGCGCUCCCCCGCGCCGCCUCCGCCUCUGUCGACACGCCUCUCCUUCACCACCAGCUCCCCCUCGCCGAGAGCGUACUCAAAGCGCUCGAGAUGGGCUGGCUUGUCAUCCUCGCCGGCGACAAUGGCCGCGGCAAGCGUGACCUCGUGCGCGCCAUUGCGGCGCGUGCCGGCCGCGAACUCGGCGAGUUCGCAAUGCACCCUGGUGUCGACACGAGCGAGAUCCUCGGCACAUUCGAGCAACAGGACGCCUUCCGCGUCCUCGACGCCGCCACCCGCGCCGUUCGUACUGUACUGGAGGACGCGGCCGAGGCCCACCCCACCGCAGCGGCUCGCGUGCCGGAACUCCUUGCCGCCCGGACUCGGUGCGAUGACCCGCGCCAGCUCGAUGCGCAGCAGACUUUCGCCGCGCUGGCCCGCAGCAUCCUCGCCGAAGCCGAGGCCGCCGGCAUCCCUAUCACACAGGCUGCUCUGGCAGUCGACGCUGUUGAACGUGGCUCGUCCUCCGGUUUCGCGUGGGUCGACGGGCAGUUGCUCCACGCCAUCCGGAGCGGCGGCUGGUUCCUCGUCUCGGACGCCAACCUCUGCUCCGCCUCUGUUCUGGACCGCCUGAACUCGCUCUGUGAGGUCGACGGCGUCCUCGUCAUGGCCGAAAAGGGUAGCGCGUCUGGCGCACCGGAGGUCAUCAAGCCCCAUCCGGACUUUAGGUUGUUCAUGACGUACGACCCGCGACACGGCGGCGAGCUGUCGCGCGCGAUGCGGAACCGUGGCGUCGAGCUGUAUGUGGACGCUCCGCCCAUUGAGGCGACCAUCACCAGCGAGAGCACAUACGCGCUCGCCGAGACCUCCACCCUGCGCUCUGCCGAGAACCUCUCCUCGUCGUACGAUGAGGCGCUCUCGCAGCCCAGCUUUACGGCCAACCUUGCUGCGCAUCAGAGCCGUACAGCUCUCGUCCCGCUUGCGCGCCUCGCGGCCUUGGGUGACGAGAAUCUCGGUGCUGCGAUCGACUUCCUCUCGAACCCGCGCAUCGCGGAGCUCCUCUCGGCGCAGACGGCAAUCUUUGCGCCCAAGCUGGACACCCUCGCCGCCGAGGUGCCGUUUGAUCUCGCGCUCGACGCUAAUGUCGGAAGCCACGCAGACUUCAUCCUCUUCCGCGCGCUCCAGCUCGUGCUCCGCAACGACGCCGCUCGUGCGGUGACUGACGAGUGGAUCAGUGUAUCAGCGCACGCCAAGACCAUACUCGCCGCCAGCGCGGUCACCGCUCGCCGCGGCACGGCCAAGCGUAAGCCCGCCGUUGGGGAUGGCGUGUACCCCCUCCUCAACCUUCUGCGGGACACGCUGACUGCUGCGACGCUGGACGCAGCGGCCAAUUCCAGCGGCGGGGCACUCGAGGCUGCCGAGCGCGUGCUCAUGUUCACUGCGCUUCUCGAGAAUCAUUGCCGCACUGAGACAUUCGACUACUCGUCCGUCCAGUUGCUCGCUAGUUGGCUGGCCGAGGAGCUCAGCAACAUUGCCCAUGGGAAGGAUGUCCGCGUUGCCCUCAGCGCUCUCGGCAAAGCUACGGAGCUCACUCGUGGCCUGGGCCAGGCAGGCGUCUGGUCGCUCUUCCGGCCCGAGCUCACGCCCGCUCAGCGGGCCUCUGUCUCGCGCCUCGUUGACCGCUUGGACGGGGUGGCCGACGCCCGCCUGCGCUCCGACACGGCGCAGGCGCUUGCGGUCGCGGCAUCCGAUGAGGCCCAGCUCGCUGACCUCUCGACGCUCAUCGACAGCCUCCCUCGCCGUCCCGAUGAGUCCACUGCGGCGGACACUCCGUGGUCCAACGCAGCAGUCGCGCGCGUGAUCGAGCUCGAUGCACUCAACGCGGCGGUGGCUGGUACCAGCACCGGCAGCGCGCUUGGCCUGCUUGCCAGUGCGGCUGACGCGCGUCCGGCCGACCUGGUGAGCAUGCAGCGCCUCACGACGCCGGGCGCCAAGCUCGGCGCGGUGGCCGCAUGGCUUAACCGCAUAUCCACGAGCCUGUUUGAGCCCGUAGCGCUUGCAGCUGCUCUGCGUUUCUCCCAGGUCAAGGUCACGCCCAUGGCGCAGCUGUCGAGCAUGGACGACGCGCUCAAGUUUACGACGCAGAGCACGCUGUGGGGCGCGACUCGUGGUGCCGACCGCGCCGGCACAGCCGGCAACCUCGCUUUCGCACUGCUUGGCAUGGUCCUUGGCGCGUUUGGCGUCACGCUCACGAAUGAGGACAACAAGCCCGUCCUCUCUCCUGGCGAGAUGGACGAGGCAACGACUACCUACCUCCAGAACGCGUUCAACACCCGCCUCGCGCCCGCCAUCGUCGAGGCACAGGACGGCAGUCUCCGUGCCCUUGGGCACCUUUGGCACGGACUCGGCCGCUUCGUGCUCGACCUGUUCGUGACGAAUGUCCCGAUUGACCCCGGAGUCCGCCGCGUGCUCCUCGGCGAAGUGGUUUCUUCCCAACUUUCACUCGUUGCAGACGAACUCGACGUGGUUACGCACACUGAGGGCGUUCUUAAAGGCGUGAGCGACAGUGCGCGCGCAGCAGCUCUCCGUGCUCGCGCCGCAGCGCUGCAGGUCGAGGGUGAGGCGCUCGGCCCCACCAUCGAGCGGGAGACCAACGCCGCCCGCCUGGGCCACCUCUUCGCCGAGGUGUUCAGCUUCAUCGACGACGUGCUGGACAAGGACAGCUCGCUCCUCCACGCGCUUGAGAACCGCGCCAACGCCGCGACUGCGCGUGAGGAUGCGUUCCAGCUCGCAUCUGCUGCCUUCGUACAGCGUCUUAGCGCCUACACCGACCUCGCGGACCUUGCCGAGCCUGUCGUCUUCGGCAUUCUCUGCGUCAAGUUCGGGAUGCGCUGCCUCGCGCGCGACCUCGCGCUGAGCAAAGCCAACCCGCCCACCGCAGUUGGGCCUCUCGUGUCCUUCCCCACCGUCGCCUCCCUGACCUCCCUCCAGAUUCUUCCCAAGGAGGUCAAGGAGCCCUCGCUAGCCAGUAUGCGCGCAGACCUCCUCGCGGCCCUCGCACACGCGCGCGACUCCGUCGAGGCAACCCAGCGCCGCGAACAUGUGCCGGGCCUCGUUGGUGGCCUGGACCGCCUUUACGCGGCGUGGAGCGCGAUCCGCAAGCGCGAAGAGCAGGAGGCUCUCGACGCUGAGAGCAUGUUCCGUGUCCGCAAGACGGACAUUGAGGUGCCUGACGACGCUGAAAUCGAAGCCAAGGAGUUCGCUCAGCUUUUCCCGACUUACGAAGAGGACGAGGAUGAGGCGAUGGAGCAGGACGUGCAAGAGGAGAAGCAGGACAAGCAGGACAAGCACAAGGCCAAGUUCACGCCCGCGCAGAUUGCCGCCUUCCACACGCUUGUUCUCGGCUCCUUCGGCGGGCACGCCGAUGUGGGUAAGACGCUCAAGUCUACCGUCGACGACGUGCUCUCGCGCUUCGAGGCGUCGUCCUUCCGCGAGGACCUCGACGCCUCCUCCAUUGCCUUCCAGGUCGCAACCCUCCACCGCCGCCACGCUGAAGUCAAGACAAGCGCGGCCCAGGCCAACUUCUACUUCGACCCGAACGAGUUUGAGGUCCGCAAGGGCCAGGCGCUGCUUGAGCGCCUGCGUGCGCGUCUCGACACGCUUGUAUCCGAGUGGCCAGACCAGAUGGUGCUCCAGCACCUGCGCGAGCGCGUUCUGCGCAUCCUGCAGAUCGACGUGCGCGCGCCCGUUGCCAAGGUUCUUGCUGCGCUCGAGCUGCUCCUCCUCCACACUGACGACUGGGAGCCGUACGCAAACCGCGAGAACAGUCUCAAGGCCUACCAGUUCGAGGUGUCGUCGCUGAUCAUUGGGUGGCGCCGUCUCGAGCUCGCCUCGUGGGUGCGCCUCCUCGACGACCAGGCGCGGCAGUACAUCGACAAGGACGAUGAGUUUACGCUACGCCUGUACGGAGCGCUCAUCCAUGGUACUGUCUCCGCCGAUGACCCCGAGAAGUACAUCGCGACGGCUCUACCUGUGGUCUCGGACUACCUCAGCCAGGCGACGCUCGGCAGCUUCGCGCAUCGCCUGGCGGUGCUUGGCGCGUUCGAGCGCAUGGCCUCCGAGCUCGCCACCAGUGAGGCGACCAAUGCUACUGCGCUCGGCCACGUCGCUGCCGUGCUGAACAACGUUAUCGCGCAUGCGCAGCUCUUCGCGCCCCGCAUUCGCGAGUCGCUCGAGAGCCAGCGCAAGGUCAUCGACCGCGCUGUCAAGGACUUCGUCAAGCUCGCCUCGUGGAAGGACAUCAACGUCUUCGCACUCAAGGCGAGCGCCCAGAAGAGUCACAGGCAGCUGCACAAGAACAUCCGCAAGUUCCGCGAGGUGCUCCAGCAGCCGGUCUCGCCGAUCUUGACGGACCUCGGUUCCAUCUGUCCGCAGGACCCCGCGGUGACGAGCCCAGCCCACACGUCCGAGCUCGUCACGGUCUCCGCCCUCCCCGAGACUGCACUGACAGCACGCGCUGCGGGCCCUGCGCUUCCCCCUCUUCUUAAGAAGCUGCCCGACACUCUGGCGCGGUAUGAGAAGGUGCACGCCGGCGCGCGUCCUCUUGCGGCCACAACGCGCGCCGACCAGCUCGAGGACAUGGCCAUCGAGAUCAUCGAGACGGCUGCCAUGCUGCAGAAGGCCACACCCGCGACUCUGACCAAGGAGAACACCAAGAUUGUCAACAACCUCACAUCGCGUAAGCGUAAGGCCUUCGCCGACCUCCUCAAGACGCUCCGCGCGUGCGGGUUCUCCCAGAGUGUGCCAGCCGACAAGCUCGCCAAGCAGCAGAGCUCUUUGUGGCUCACCUCGCGCCCCGCUCUCACCGUUGACGAUCUGCCGGUCGCCUUUGAUUCUGCGGGCGUGACCAAGGUCGCAGACUACCACCACCGCCAGGGUGUGCUGAUGCGUGCCCUGCGUACCGCGUUCAACGGCCACUCUCCGGACAUUGCCAGCGGCGACCUCGCCCGAGGCAUCGGCUUCGCGGAGAGCUUGUACGCCGCCGCUUUGGGAGAGCAGGCAAUUCUCUCUACCCAGCUCUCGACAUUGUCCAAGUUCAACUCCGUCCUCCGCCGGCUGCAUACCUGCGCCAAGGCCGCCGCCCUCGCUGGUGGCGUUGUCCAGACGUUAGAGAGGGCGGAACUCGAUGCGUGCCACCUUCACGAUGGCCUGCGCGAGGCCGAGGACGCAGUGCGUGCCUUCCGCGAGCUCCAGGGCGUGCAGUUGGGGACUGAGCUUGCCGAUAUCCACACUUUCCGUCAGGAGGUGGGGCUGCUCAUCAAUGCGCUCGAGAAUGCGCUUGGUGCGUGCCGUGCCGCCGAGUGGCCACUCUACGGCCAUCAGGAGGCUCAGCUCGCAGACCGCGCUGGCGACCUGUUCCGCCUUGUCGUCGCCUCGUGCGAGACGCACGCUAAGGCUGCGCCCGACCUUGCGCACAUCUAUGUGCCGCUCGGCAAGAUGGUCGCGGGCAUGGGCUCGGUAUCUGCACUUAAGACCGCCAAGAAUAUACCCGAGGCCAUUUGGACGCAGAGCGAUGAGCUCAUCUCCGCGUUGCUUGUUGUGGCGCAGUCGAUUGACAACACCCCUGCUGAGGAGGUCAAGGAGGAUGAGUACGGGCACAUCCCCAGCGCGUUCUCCCGGCAGGCCAAGGCUGUGAACUCACUGCGUGUCGGCGAGGUGCUUGGCCGCCUUGGCGCCUUCGCGACAUCCAUGUCAACUUGGCUCGCCCACCGCGAGUCCUCCAACGCGCCCGCAGCACUUGCCCGCGUCCUUCCCUUCGUUGAAGUACUCGCCCAGACUUUUGCGCAGUCCGUUGCUGCGCACCUCGCUGCCACUAAGGCCAUCUACAAGCUCAACUACGUCGUCGCGCGCGUCAUGCUCGACAUUGCUCAGAAGGGCUUCUGCAAGCCGCAAGAGGAGAGCGAUGAUGCGCAGGAUGGCGAGGACGGCGAGGUUGAAGGCACCGGCAUGGGUGCUGGAAGUGGUGAGAAGAACGUGUCGAACGAAAUCACCGACGAGAGCCAGGUCGAAGGCCUGCAAGGUGAGGAGGAGCAGGAGGAGGAGCAAAACGGCGACAAGGGCGACGACGACGACGAGAACGUCGACAUGGAGAACGACUUUGAGGGCGCCCUCGAGGACGGCAAGGAGAAGGAGGAGGGCGAGGAGGAGGAAGAGGGCGAGGAGGAACUCGACGACCACGUUGGCGAUGUCGACCCUCUCGACCCGGGCGCCGUCGACGAGAAAUUCUGGAACGACGAGAAGGACGAGAAGGAGGAGGAGAAGAAGGAGAAUGAGGGCCGUGAGGACCUCAUGGACGAGAAGACGGAGGAGACUGGGGAGUCAGAACUCGCUGCCAAAGACGAGCAGAGCAAGAAGCGGGACGAGAAGAAGGACAAGAAGGAGGAUGCGGCCGAGGGCGAGCAGUCCGAGGAGAAGGAGCAGGAGAGUAAGCAGCAAGACGGCGGAGAGGGCGAGGAGGAGGGCGAGGAAUUCGAAGAGCACGAGGCCCCCGAGGGCGAGGACGACAAUGAUAACGAUAACGAGGGCGCCGAUAUGCCCGAGCAGGACAAUGUCGCUGCACCCGAGGGCGAGACGCUCGACUUGCCGGAGGACCUCGACCUCGGCGAGGAGGAGGAUGGCGACGACAACGAGCAAUUUGACGACGACAUCAAGAUGGACGACGGCGAGCCUGAGGGCCUCGACAUGGAGGACCACGGGCGGACUUCGGACCAGGAGGACGAGGGGGAGGCCGAAGAGAAUGCACCGGACGCCACGGGCGUCACGGAGGACGACGCGCAGCCGGAGGCGGAAGAGGCCCUCAACCAGGACCUCGACGUGAGCUCUGGCGAGGCGCAGCAGGAAGCUGCGAGCGCCGGCCAGGGCGGCACUGCGCAGGCCGACAAGGACGACAAGGCUGGCGACGAGGAUGAGGAGAUGGGCGGUGAAGAGGACGAGGAUGAGGCUGAGGCCGAGGCUGAAGGUGCGACCAACGUAGCACCCCAGGGCGCUGGUGGCACCGACGAGCAGGAGGCCUCGGGCGCAACGGACAGCAGCGGCGCGCCGCUCCCGAACGAGGGUGAGCCGCAGCAGGAUCGCAGCCUCGGCGAUAUCAUGAAGGAGAUUGUGCGCCGCCGCGACGAGAUCCUGAACAAGACGGAGCGCGAGGAGGUGACGGACAACGCGGAUGCACAGGAACAGGCCCCUGGCCAGGUCGAGUACCUGAACGACGGCGAUGCCGACGACGACAACACGAUGCAGGCACUCGGGGCGGCUCGCGAGGAGCAGCAGAAACUCGAGGAUCUUAAGAUUGUCGACGAGGAGGAGGAGGCGGCACCCCAGGCUAUGGACGAGGACGAUAACGAGCCUGAGGAGCAGGCGGAACCCGCCGAUAAGCCCGUGCGCGAGCACGAGAGCUUCCGCCGCGAGAAAGGGGAGACCGAUGACAGCUUUGGCGCCGAGAAGGCGCUCACACAGGCCGAGAUUGGCGGAAGCGCACCGACCGCUGGCGACGCGAUGGACGUUGACGAGGACGAGGGCGAGGAACUGGCGACCGAGGCUCGUCCAGACGAGGGCGACGUCGACGUCGAACUCACCGUCGCCUCCCCCACUCAGGCGGGCGAAGCGGACGGUGCCGAGGAUCUGUGGCGCCAGUACGCCUCGCUCACCUCGGACCUGAGUUACGCUCUGUGCGAGCAGCUCCGCCUCAUCCUGGAGCCGACUCUCGCCACGCGGCUGCAGGGCGACUUCCGCACCGGCAAGCGCCUGAACAUGCGCAAGAUCAUCCCUUACAUCGCCUCCGAGUACACGAAGGACAAGAUCUGGCUCCGGCGUACCAAGCCGUCUCGUCGCGAGUACCAGGUGCUCCUUUCGCUCGACGACUCGCGCUCCAUGGCCGAGAGCCAGUCUGUGCACCUCGCGUACCAGACUCUCGCGCUGGUCUCGCAGGCACUCACCAAGCUCGAGGUUGGCCAGGUCGCCAUCGCACGCUUCGGCGAGGGCGUGGACGUGCUGCACGAGUUCUCCGACGCUGGGUUCUCCGAUGCAGACGGCGCAAAGGUCAUGCGUGCCUUCAAAUUCGACCAGCACCGUACCGAUGUAGCUGCGCUGCUCGAGCGCACACUGUCCUACCUCGCCGAGGCGCGUGCGAAGAACGCCAGUGCAUCCGCGCCGGACCUGUGGCAGCUGCAGAUCAUCAUCUCGGACGGCGUGUGCCAAGACCACGGCCGCCUGCGGACGCUGCUCCGCCGCGCCCUCGAGGAACGCGUCAUGGUCGUCUUCCUCGUCGUCGACAACCUCGACUCCGCUCCGUCCGGUGUCAACACCCCAGGCCUCGCCACGGGCACCAACACCCCCUUCUCGGGCGCGAAUACACCCGUUAUGGCCCGCCCCCGCCGCUCGAUCCUCUCCAUGCAGUCGAUCACCCCGACUGUCAUCAACGGCGUCAACGACUUCGUCAUGACGCGAUACCUCGACACGUUCCCAUUCGAAUUCUACGUCGUCCUGCGUGACGUCGAAGCACUUCCUGGCGUGCUGGCCGAUACGCUGCGACAGUGGAUGGCGCGUGUGUCCCAGUCCCAAGAAUAA